CGGCGCCGACGGAUAGACGCUGACGAGCGGCGAUUUUGACAGUCGACAGUCGUGUGCUACUCCCAGCGCUCGCGGUUUAAUCGCGCGCUGUAUAUACCCCACCUGAUUCGACUCUGAAUUACUACCCCGCGAUACUCGCGAUACUCGCGAACUCAAGAGCACAGUGCCCACCGGAUCCCCCUGCCGGUUGUCAUCUCGCGAGUUCGCGAGCGUCCGUCACAGUCUCACAGAGUCGGUUCCGCGCGCGAAAGUGUGCUUUUUUUUUUUUUCUACUCACCCUUCAGUUCUGUUUUUGGAUUUCGGAUUUUUUUAUAUUUUAAGUGGAUCGUUUUCUUGUCGCGCGAUUGUUUGCGAACUAAUGAGUGAGUGCGUAAUACAGAAAGGUUUUUUUCUUUCCGUGUCGAGUCCGCUGGCGGACGAGAAUAACGAUAUAUAUAAGCGAUCACGUGGACGAUCUGUCGAGAGAGAGACGCGCACACAGGCCUCGAGAGGUGAACUCGCGAGAGUAUAAAACUCGAUCCUCGAGCGAGCAUUCGCGGAAAAUUCCGCGGCUUCUUCCGUAAAAUAGACUCUCUCUCUAUCCCGAACAUUUCCCGCACCGAGAAGAGAAGACGCGCGCGCCUCCACGGCGCAUUUCGUAAAAUGAUAUAACGCAACGCAAUUGCAACGUUUUUUUAAAAACGCGCGCUCGCUUCGUCGAAACAUAUUCGGGAAACAGGCGGACUGCCUCGGUGAUCAAUCAGCCGCGACAAAAUCCGUGUGAUUUUUCCCUCUCGCUUCUCCGAUAAAAUACAUACAUCAAUAUUCACGAGACACCUGUCGCCGAUGCGAGCGUGUCGUUCGUUCCGACACGAGUGAAAGGAAAAUCUCGAGGAGGAGGGAGAAGGAGGACUCUCGUUUAAUCCGCGCCGCGCGCGGAGAAGAAAACCGCGGAGAGGGAAUCGCGGAUAGAGUAAAUUAAAUGCACGCGUGAGGUAAUCGGAUGAGCUGCGCUGCCAUGGAAUAUCAGCAAUUGGCACCGCCACCGAUACCGGCCGGAGUGUUGCACACCCAGGCGCACCAUCCGCAACCGCCCCAGCAUCAACAGCAGCAGCAGCAGCAACAGCAAUCGGUGCAGCCGCCGCAGCAUCCGCACAUCGUCGUCGCGCCGGCACACCAGCAGCCCCAGUCCCAGCAACCGCCGCCGCCGCCCCUGCCACCGACCUCCCACAAUCACCAGGUGCAUCCCCCGCUCCCGUCCAUUCACGACGACAGCACCAGCUCGAGAUGGUCCCAGUACCAGCAUCUGUGGCGGCAGCAUCAUGUUUACAUGAACGGGAAACAAGGUAAAGACGGACCAGAAGAAAAAAAAGAUGCAGACGGUGAACUUUGGGGCAACGUGGAAGCGCAGGCCGCGUUUCUCGGGCCCAAUCUAUGGGACAAAACUUUGCCCUACGAUGCCGACCUGAAGGUAUUAAACCAUUACGUCGAUCUCGAUGAGUUUCUUUCCGAAAACGGCAUCCCCGUGGACGGCGUGGCCGGUGGCGGGCAGGGGGCCAUGCAAAGUGGUCAGCUUCACAAAAUCAACAACACCGAGGCCGCCGGGCAUCAGGGACCAGCGGGACUCCACCUGGAACCGGUCACCAAGCGCGAGAGGUCACCGUCGCCGAGCGAGUGCUGCUCGCCGGACACCCUAAACCCACCCUCACCCGCGGACUCCACGCUCUCGAUGGCCUCAUCGGGGCGAGACUUCGAUCCACGCACCCGGGCCUUCUCCGACGAGGAGCUCAAACCACAACCUAUGAUCAAGAAAUCGCGGAAGCAGUUCGUUCCGGAUGACUUGAAGGAUGACAAAUACUGGGCGCGUCGUAGGAAGAACAACAUGGCGGCGAAACGCUCGCGAGACGCGCGUCGCAUGAAGGAGAACCAGAUAGCACUCAGGGCCGGCUUUCUUGAAAAAGAGAACAUGGGCCUGCGGCAAGAGUUGGACCGGUUAAAAAACGAGAAUAUGUUGCUGCGUGACAAACUGAGCAAGUACACGGACGUCUAACAUCCCGUAAUCGGGCGUGCACACCAUCAGCUCGAGCGACAACGAGAGAGAGAAAGAAAGGGAGACACGACAGAGAGGGCACGACGGACGAUCAGCCCCCUCGUAUGUAAUCGCGGCAGAUCACAGUCGCGAUCUUCGCCCCGAAGCGAGCGGAGAAUACGAAGAGGAAAUCUGAUGUUGACGAACAUCAACUAUCCCGACUGCCGCCGCUUUAGAGAGCCGAAACAACUUCUUCAUCGGAAAAGUCUUCUACGAAGACCGUUUUAUUCUUUAUUCUCUCUCUCUCGCACUCUCGAAUAAAAACUUCUUGAGUCCUCGCUCCUUGUCCCGCUCUAGAGAAACUUCUCCACUUGUAAAUAGAUAUAUGUAUAGUUAGAUUAUAUACACGCAUACAUGCAUACAUACGUAUAUAUAUAUAUAUAUAUAUA